AUGUCGAAGAUCACAGUCGCUAAUGUCCGGACGCAAGUCACGGAUCUCUUGGAGUACUCCAAUGAGACCAAGAAGCGCAACUUCCUUGAGACGGUUGAGUUGCAGAUUGGCCUGAAGAACUACGACCCUCAGCGUGACAAGCGUUUCUCCGGCACCAUUCGCCUGCCCUCGAUUCCCCGUCCCAACAUGGCCAUCUGCAUUCUGGGUGACCAGCACGAUCUCGAUCGUGCCAAGCACGGUGGUGUCGAUGCCAUGUCCUCUGAUGACUUGAAGAAGCUCAACAAGAACAAGAAGCUCAUCAAGAAGCUGGCUCGCAAGUACGAUGCAUUCAUUGCCUCCGAAGCCCUCAUCAAGCAGAUCCCCCGUCUCUUGGGUCCCGGUCUGUCCAAGGCUGGCAAGUUCCCCACGCCUGUCUCGCACGCCGACGACUUGACUGGCAAGAUCAACGAGGUCAAGUCCACCAUCAAGUUCCAGCUGAAGAAGGUUCUGUGCAUGGGUGUUGCCGUCGGCAACGUCGGCAUGGAGCUGGAGCCGCUCAUCAGCAACAUCAUGCUGGCCAUCAACUACCUCGUCUCCCUGCUCAAGAAGGGCUGGCAGAACGUGGGCAGUCUGACCAUCAAGGCCAGCAUGUCCCCCCCCAAGCGUCUGUACUAA